AUGGCGCGGCCGUCGGUGUUCCUCGAACCGGGCCCCAAGACGACGGCGGGCUCCCUUGCCAUCAUCCAACUGUCUCGCGACAACCUCAUUCCCCUCAUUCUCGAAGACUCCACCACCGAGAGAGACGGCUACGCAGAAGGCGCAACGCUCAACACUCGCUUCGGGUCCUUCCCCCACUCGACAUUUAUCGGCGUUCCCUGGGGUUCCCAAAUCCGAGCCUCGACUGUGGACACGGGGUCUCGUGGCCGCAAGCGCAAGCGCAAGGAGGGCGACGAGGACGACAGCAAGGGCUCGACGCCGAACCCGGCCGACGACUUUGAUGCGCCCACGGUGCUGGCUCCCGCGAAAAAGGCCGUCACAGCCAACAGUGGCUUCGUUCACAUCCUCCAGCCCACACCCGAGCUCUGGACACAGAGCCUCCCCCACCGAACACAGGUCGUCUACACACCCGACUACAGCUAUGUCCUCUCGAGGAUACGCGCCCAGCCCGGCACGCGGCUGAUCGAGGCCGGCGCCGGCAGCGGCAGCUUCACCCACGCCUCCGUCCGCGCCGUCUACAACGGCUACCCGACGACGUCCUCCGAGCCCCGCGGCAAGGUCUACAGCUACGAGUUCAACCGCGGCCGCUACGAGAAGAUGCACGAGGAGAUCGCGUCACAUCACCUGACGGGGCUCGUCGAGCUCACCCACCGCGACGCCUACACGGGCGGUUUCCUCGUCGACGGCGCGAGCCCCAACGCCUCGUCCGUCUUCCUCGACCUGCCCGCCCCCUGGGACGCCCUGCCGCACCUCUCGCGCGCGCGGCCCACGGCGCCCGAGUACGCCGACAGGUUCCCCGCCGACGCGGGCCCCUGGGUGUCGCCCCUCGACCCCGCCAAGGCCGCCCACCUCUGCACCUUCUCCCCCUGCAUCGAGCAGGUCCAGCGCACCAUCUCGGCCAUGCGCCGCCUCGGCUGGAUCGACAUUGACAUGGUCGAGAUGGCGCAUCGGAAGAUCAACGUCCUGCGCGAGCGUUUCCCCUCCACCAACCCCCCCGAGCGCAAGGCCCCGCCCGAGCCCAACAACGUCGGCGAGGCCGUUGCCCGCCUGCGCGACAUUGAGCGCCGCGCCCGCGAGUACGACCCCCACAAGUCCAAGGCCGCCAACGACGCCAUCGCCGCCGCCAACGCCGCCGCCGCCGCCGCCGCUGCGUCCUCGCCCAUGGACGUCGAUGCCGAGGGCCCCGCCGCCAGCGCCGACGAAACGGCCGGCAAGCCCUGGCUGCAGGGACGCCUGGUGCACCGCUCCGAGGCCGAGCUGAAGAUGCACACCUCGUACCUCGUCUUCGCGACACUGCCGCGCGACUGGACUGACGCUGACGAGGCCGCCGUGCUGGCGAGGUGGCCGUGCGGCUCGGAGACGGCCGUUGUCGGCAGCGUCGACAAGGCGACGAGGAAGCGGGAGAAAAGGGAGAUGCUCGCCAAGAAGAAGCAGAAGCGCCAGGGGCCCAGGCCAGAGGGUGCUGAGGCGCCGGCGGCCGAUCAAGUUGUCACGGACGUGGUGUAG